ACAGGUUGGAUGCUGUAGAGAAGUAGCGCGAUAUAGUAGCAAGGUGGAGAUAGUUGGUUGCUGUUUUUUUUUUGUUUCACUUGUAACAUUUUCUCAUUUUAACUACCUGGAACGGCUUUUCAGGAUCAAAAAUAACGUAAAGUUGUACAAACCGCAAUCCAGCCACGUUUUAAAAACUUUUCUUGAUUGCUUUUUCCUUAAAAAACUGGAAACAAUGGCAAUAGAGGGGAUUACAUCAAGCGAAUAUCUUGCAAUGGAAACCCCAGCUAUCUCAUGCAAAAUCGGGCGCUAAUCUCGGUGUUCUGUUUUUGCCCCGAUGCACUACUUUAAAAUCAGAGCAAAAGAGAGAAAAAAACCAAAUUGAAAUUUUGCGGAAAACAGACGUCACAAUUUCUGUAGCACUGGAAUUUACACUUAAAACACGAGAACUUCGGAUAUUAGACUUGAAAUCGGCACGGAGCUGCAUUUGGUGGAUGGGCUGAACUGUGUGCAUGGGCUAUUGUUUCCGAUCUGCUGGGAUGCCUAGUCUAAGCGUGGGCUCUCGCUUAAAAUGGACCCAUGAUCUUUAAUUCUGGAAGUAAAGUAACCAUUUCAGGUGUUUGUUGUUUGCUGGAAUAUUGUACGCUUGAAAAUGGAUGUCACCGUCUCGGAAUUAAUGGCAAACUUUUUGGAGAGUCCACUGGUGAUCUGGGUGAAAACGUUUGGGCCCCUGGGAGGUGGAAAUGAAGAUAAGCUCUCCAUGUAUAUGGAGCUUGUGGAUGGCAUCUUUUUGCACAAGAUCAUGCUGCAAAUUGACCCAAGUCCUACAAAUCAGCGAAUGAAUAAACACAUCAACAAUGAUGUCAACCUGCGGAUUCAGAAUCUCAAUAUUCUGGUCCGGCACAUUAAGCACUACUACCAGGAGACCCUUCAGCAGUUGAUAGUCAUGAAUUUGCCCAAUGUGCUGAUGAUUGGGAAGGACCCUUUGACAGGUAAAAGCAUGGAAGAGAUGAAGAGGCUGCUUUUGCUUAUGCUGGGCUGUGCUGUACAGUGUGAGCGCAAGGAAGAGUUCAUUGAGAAGAUCAAACUGCUAGACAUUGAGACUCAGGCAGCCAUUGUCACCCACAUUCAGGAGGUGACCCAGAACCAGGAGAACGUGUUUGACCUGCAGUGGCUGGAGCUUGCUGACCUGCCGCCCGAGGAGCUGGACCCGCUGUCCAGGAACAUGGCCUUCCACCUGCGCAAGCUCAUUGACGAGCGGGACGACUGCACAGAGGUCAUUGUGGAGCUGACACAGGAGAGGGAUUACCUGCAGUCCCAGCAGCCCAUCAGCCCAGUUAAAGCAUCCAGCCCUGAGCUCGUCACUGGCCCCGUCCCCCUCCUGUCCAAAGAGGACCGGCAGCACCUGGCUGUGGAGCUGGCAGACAGCAAGGCCAAGCUGCGUCGUGCCAGGCAGGAGCUGGAGGAGAAGACUGAACAACUGAUUGACGCCAAAAAUGAAAUUGAGCGCCUGGACCUAGAGCUGCAGAAACUGAGACAGGAGAGCAUACAGCUGCUGACAGACGCUCGCUCAGUGCGGGCCUACAGAGACGAGCUUGACUCCCUGCGUGAGAGAGCCGGGCGUGUCGAUAGGCUGGAGACCGAGCUCACGCGCUGCAAAGAGAAGCUUCAUGAUGUGCAUUUCUACAAGACACGGAUGGAGGAGCUGCGCGAGGACAACAUCACCCUGAUCGAGACCAAGGCCAUGCUGGAGGAGCAGCUGGCGGUGGCGCGCGGCCGNGGCGACAAGCUGCACGAGCUGGAGAAGGAGAACCUGCAGCUGCGCUCCAAACUGCACGACCUGGAGAUUGAUCGUGACACAGAUAAGAAGAGAAUUGAAGAGCUGCUGGAGGAGAACAUGAUGCUGGAGAUCGCCCAGAAACAGAGCAUGAAUGAGUCUGCACAUCUGGGCUGGGAGCUGGAGCAGCUGUCUAAGAGUGCCGAUGUCAAUGAUGCUCGCAAGUCAUUUGUGUUCGAGCUGAACGAGUCGGCCUCCAGCCGCAUCCUGAAGCUGGAGAAGGAGAACCAGGGGCUGCAGAGCACGAUCCAGGAGCUGAGAAACGCCUCGCUGAGCCUGGAGGAGGAGAACCUCCGAGUGCUGGAGCUGGAGAAGCAGAACCAGGGUCUCGACAAGAAGCUGGAGAAGUUGCAGACCCUGCUGGAUCAAGAGAAACAGACCACACUGGACAUGGAGAGUCUAGGAGAGGAGCUCCUGAAGGACAAGCAGAAACUACAGGCAACACUAGACGCUGUCCGAGCUGAGAAAGACAGACAGGUUUCCGAACUGGAACACGAGAAGGAGCACCUGAGCCAGACUGUGGCCUCCCUGCGGCAGAGGGCUCAGAUCAGCAGCGAGGCACGCAUGAAGGAUGUGGAGAAGGAGAACCGCAUUCUCCACGAGACAAUCACAGACACGGGCAGCAAGCUCACACAGCUGGAGUUCGAGAAGAAACAGGUCCAGAAGGAGCUGGCCCAGCUCCAGGAGAGGAUGGAGAAAUCGGAGGAACUGGAGACAGAGGUACAGAAACUGGAGCGGGCCAAUGAGCAGUUGCAGAAACAAGUGGCUGCCCUGAAGAUCACCUGUGACAGGAUUGAGGCCCUGGAACAGGAGAAUGCGGAUAUGGAGCAGGAAAACAGAAGGCUGAAGAAGCUGGCGGACACAGCACAGAAUAUGGCGCUCAAACUGGAGGCUCUGGAGAAGGAGAGCCGUCAGCUGGACGAAGAAAAUCUGGAGCUGAGGAGGACGGUGGAGUCUCUGAAGUACACCAGCGCCAAGCUUACACAAGUAGAGGUGGAGAACAAGGAGCUUGAGAAAGAGAGAGAGGAGCUGACCAGGAGAAUGGAGGUGCUGAAAGCUCUGAAUAAGAAAUCGGAACGUCUGGAGCUCAGCUAUCACAGCCUGGAUUCUGAAAACCGGAGGCUUCAGCAGAUGCUGGAGAACAGUAACACCAAGAUCCAGCACCUAGAGAAAGAGCUGCAGGACACCGAGCAGGAGAACCAGGUGCUCCAGAAGAAUCUGGAAGAGCUACGCAUUUCUAGCAAGAGGCUAGAGAGCCUGGAGCAGGAGAAACGGGCUCUGGAGCAGGAGCUGGGCCAGGCUGAGAAGGACAGGAAGCAACUGGAGAAGGAGGCCAAGAGACUGUGGCAGCAGGUUGAAGUGAAGGAAGCUGCGUUAGAUGAGAGUGGCAUGAAGCUGGCCACCAUAGAGAAGGAGAACAAGAUCUUGGAGAAGGAACUUACGAAGUACAAGGAGGCCUCAAGUAAAGUGAAGGAGCUGGAGAAGGAUAACAAAGAGCUGCAGAAACAGGCCACUAUUGACAAGAGGACACUUGCUACCUUAAGAGAGGACCUGGUUCACGAGAAGCUGAAGAGCCAGCAGCAGUGGAAUGAGCUGGAGAAGCUGAGCCAUGAGCUGGAGAAAAUUGGCCUCAACAAGGAGAAGCUGCUGCAGGAGGAGCAUAGCACUGAGGACAAUAAAUACAAGAUUUUGGAGACGAAGAUCGAGUCGACACUAAAGAAGACGCUGGAGAUCAAGGAGGAGAAGAUUCAGUCUCUGGAGUCGAGGCUGGAGGAGUCGAGCAGCCUGAACCAGCAGCUCCGCAGUGACCUUACCUCUGUGAAGAGAAGUCUGGAAGCUCUGAAACAGAGACAAGAAGAGGAAGAGGCUCACUCUCGGAGCUCAGCCAGCUGCUCCCCGGAGAGCCCUGGUCCCCCCAGGAAGGUCCAGGAGAAGUGGGAGACAGAGCACCGGGAGGCCACCAUGGAGCUGCUCAAAGUGAAGGACCAGGUCAUCGACGUCGAGAAGAACAAUGCAGCCCUCCAGGCAGAGAGGCACCUCCUGAAAGAGCAGCUCCGGCAGCUGGAAACCCAGAACAGCCAGCAGAACUGUCAGCUCCAGACUCUCCAGAGGCAGGCCGUCUCCCUGCAGGAACACAACACAGCGCUGCAGACACAGACCGCCAAGCUGCAGGUGGAAAACUCCGCGCUGAACUCCCAGAGCGCCUCUCUCAUGGCUCAGAACGCCACCCUGCAGAGCCAGCAGCAGCUGAUGGAGAGCGAGGCGGAGAAUCUUCAGAAGCAGAAAGAGGAGCUGAAGGGGGCCCACGAGUCCUUGCUGAAGGACCACGAGCACUUCAUGGCCGUGCACGAGCGCCAGUCAGCAGAGUACGAAGCUCUCAUUGGGCAGCACGGGGCUUUGAAGUCUGCGCACAGGGCUCUGGAGCAAGAGUACAAAAACCUGGAAGUGAGGUAUGGGGCUCUGGUGCAACAGAAGGUGGCUGUGGAAGAGCUGGAAUCGGCCCUGAAAAGGGAGAAGGAGAACCUGGAGGCGGAGCUGCACAGGAACAGCCUCAUUCUGGAAGAGAACCAUGACCUGAAGGAGCAGAUAGACAGGCUCACCGCGGCGCACGACCUGCUGAGGGGGGAAUGUGAGGGCUUGCGAGUACACAGCAAGGAGCUGAAGACCGCGCUGAACAACGAGCAGCUGGACCUGAACCGCUGGCAGGCUCGCUUCGACGAGCUGAAGGAGCAGAACCAAAACAUGGAUAUCUCCCUCGCCAAGCUGGACAAUCACUGCGAGCUCCUGACGCGACUGAAGGGGAACCUGGAGGAGGAGAACCACCACCUUCUGAGCCAGAUCCAGAUGUUGAGCCAGCAGAACCAGAGCCUGCUUGAGCACACCAUGGAGAGCAAGGAGCUGUACCACGAGGAGCAAAAACAGUACAUAGACAAAUUAAAUUCUCUCCGGAGGCAAAAAGAGAAACUAGAAGAGAAGAUUAUGGAUCAAUAUAAAUACUACGAUCCAAUUCCAAAAAAGAGGAAUCACUGGGUUGGUGCGAGAGCUCUGGUCAAACUGAUAAAGCCAAAGAAAGAUGGCUCCCGGGAACGCCUGAGGCCCAACCCGGAGGGCCCUCAGCCGCAGCCGUCGGACUGUCCAGAGGAGCCCCCCCCACUCCCGCCACCCCCCCUGCCCCCCCGGCGCUCCCGCCUCAGCAUGGAGUCGGUGGGCUCGCGGUCCCUGGAGGAGAACCACACGAGCAGCACCAAAGCUUUCGACGACACCAGCCCCAUACUAAGGGAGAUGCACAGGACCACAGGAAGUAAUGAAAGCGUGCAAGGCCCUGAAGACCCUGUUGCUAGGCGACGGCGCAUGGAGCUGGGAUCCAUGACCUACUCUACCUCAGCAAUUCCCACGAGUGCCUCCAUGUCCACUCCCAACCCUACCUCCAGGCCUGCUCACAGGCCCAAAGGGUUUAAUUCAGACGAUGAUUUGCAUUUACUAUCACCUGAUAUAGCUUUUGUCAGCAGCUACCAUGGAAAGCAAGCUCACAGGCCAGGCUCCUCAGAGAUCAGUAGGAAUAGCUCCAGUAGCAGCUCUCCUGUCAACUCCAAAGAUUCUUUGGAUCGGGCUCAUGGAAGGCCUGCCAGCCUGUCAAGCGACGAGGUGAUUGUCAGCCAUGAGGUUACAACACUGCCCCGGGACAGCUACCAGCAGCACUCUGCCCCUCUCUCUCGGGGCGCCUUGCUGUUGUAUGACACCCCUCUGAAAAGUGGCCAUGUCCAGCCCCCCGCCCGCCCCCGCCACAGGCCGUCCUCCCCAGGCAGCGAGAUGGUCACUUUGGAAGAGUUUCUGCAGGAGAGCAACGUGCUGUCUCCACCCACUCACAGGAGAAGCUUACAUGAGAAUGAACUCCUUUCCCUGACUCAGUUCUUGUCUGAGGCCGAGUCCCUGUUUCCUGUGGAUCCCCGGCAGGAGCCUCGCCCACCCCAUUCUGCUAAUACCCCAGAUCCAGGCUUUGACAGCAGUCUGGGCCCAAAAGCUGUCAGACCCAGAAGGAGGCCCUUUUCCUUCUAUCUUCCAAGGGUGCAGCCAAACAGCCAAGAGGACCUCAUGACUGAUUACUUCAAGAAAGCUAACGAGGCCCCUGUCGUCAGCCGGCAGGCCGCUCUGAAAGACAGUGCCAAGAUGCCUACGAGCUAUGUCGUGCCAACAGUUAAAGCCAUCCCCAUGGAACCUGCAGAGGGACGUGCCCCGAAGCCGGGGCAGACUGUUAAACCCAACGUCCGGACCCCAGAGACGCAGGCUCUCCAUAGUCCCGCUUCCCCCUGGCAGUCCCACACGUUGCCAAACCGCGCGGUGGCGAGUGGGCCUCCAGAGAGGCUGAUGCAGACUCCCCAGAAGGCCAGUACCAGGGCCGGUGGCGGCACCAGCAGCCUGAGCCGCGCCUUCAGCUUGGCUUCAGCUGACCUUCUGCGCUCCAACGGUCCCGACACUUUCCGACAGGAGAGCUGCCCCAAACCGGCUGCGGAGCAGAGUUCUGGGAUGGUGAUCCGAAGGCAGGGCAUGGUCGCCCGCGAUAGGCCGCAGUCUGCCCGGGUCGCUGGGCCGUCGCUCCAGAGUGAAGAGCUGACCUAUCGUUCGCUGGACCCCAGACGGCUGUCCGUAGCUCCUCCCAAGGAGGACAGACCCCUGUCCCCCGUGCUGCAGCCUCCACAGCACCACUCCUCUGCUCUCUCUCUCGCUGGCACCCCGGCACAGGCAGAGCGGUAUGGCACUGACGCCUCUCAGCAUCACCCCUCAGCCCAGUACGGCUCACCCAGAUCCACCCCACAGCAGCAGCAGCAACAACAGAUGCGGUCCGUAUCUCAGCACCGCGGGGAGGUUGCCAUGGUGACACCAGUCCGAGCGGUGGCAGCCCCAACACAGGAGGAAGGGGUGAGAGAGCUGAGACGGACAGACGCACCUCCGUCGAAGGGCCAGGCCAGGCAUCAGGGGGAAGGGGGUGGGACAGGAGGUCUUAGUGCUGAGGACCACCUGAACCGAAACAUCUCCAGCACGCCGAAGAGCACCCCAGCGUCCCCGGACCCUAACAAUGACCCUCAGACUGUGUGGUAUGAAUAUGGGUGCGUGUAAAUAAAAACCCGAACUGCCCCCAAAACAGCAUUCUCCAACGUAACACCUCCGUGCCCAGCCAGGAGUUUAUUUUUAUUGGUGUAAUAUUUUUUAUAUGUUCUCGGUGUCUGUAGGCCAGUUGUUGUUUCGUCUAGUUGACAAAGCCCUGUGUUCGGAGCAGCCGGCAGUAUAGCCGACCUCAUCACUUUUCCGAAGACUCGCCUGCGGUUGCCUUCAGAUAAGGGUGUCUUGCCUCAAAGAUUUCCAUUCUAAGCAGUCAACCUGCACUUUACCCAGGAUGCCUUCCUGCAGCACGUCUUUGCCUGAAUUUGUCACUGAGCAAGUUUACCGAAUGAUUUUUACCUUCAGUGUCUCCUUUCCUUGUGGGACAUAGCUGACUCAAAGACUUUCAGUAGCCUUGCUGCUGUUACUCUGCUAACUUUAGAGUUAUUUUAUACAUUUACUGUACAUGAUGCCUGACAAAAACCUGGUGUUCAGUCUUCACUACUUCUGUUCUAACUCUGACUAACUACAGUGGUAUUUUGAAGAUGAGUCUGGGGGGGCUGUGGUAUAAAUAUGUGGCUUAAAUGCUGUCAAAUGAAUUCAUUCCAGGGAAUAAGGUGGUGUAUAAAGAGUUUGCUGGAAAACUGGAACCUUCUGCCAGUGAACACCUGUUAAAUGGGAACUUCUUUGUUUGCUGCUCAGGGAGAGAUUGCUUGCUGAAUGGAUACAUGCCAGCGUUGAGCUCUUGCCAGCACAGAAGUCGUCUGUGGUGAUUCUGCUGUCUUUGAACAACAUGAAUGGUCUCUAAAGGCUAAUGGUCGGCUUCACUUAGGCUAAACAAGCUUUUAUGAAUAUGCAUAUUUAAUGUUGGAUCUUCUAAAUACAGAAGAGGGCUGCAUCCCUUUACAGAUUUGACUCCAGCCAUCUUGCUGAAGUGUCUCUCUCUUUGGUGACUGAUGAUGAUACUGAGCAUCUUGUCAUUCUGUUUUUCUUUCACUGACACUGGAAAAGAAAUACCUGUGUAAAUAAGUCUGUUUUAUAUAUGUAAAUAGUUUGUAAAUGUCUUAAAGCAUUUAAAUACAGAGAGCAGAUGUUGGGCUAGGUAGGGGCACAUUAAGGCAGGAAAAUGUUUUAACAAUGGUUAUCUUCCUUGGUCUUUGAAAUUAAAGGAAAAAAAAAACACAAAAUGGGCUUUCUAUGUUCUAAUGGUUUGUCAUGAAUGUUAACUUUGAACUUUGCCUCAAAUUUUUCCCCUGAAGCACAAUAUCAAAGUGCAUAGUCCACUUUAACAUUUAUUGUAAUACCAUGAUUACUGUGUGCUUGUAAUGCUCUGUUACCUUCACCCUAUGGUUUUGUUGCCAUAUUAAUAUUAAUGUGCCUCACAUAAAACAUGUAUUUGACACAGCACUCAAACACCGCAAUACCUAAUGACAUCUACAAAAGCCAUGGAAAUGACAAUACCAAGCAGUUUCUCUAGAUCAGGGGGACACAGUUCAGCAGACGUUAUAGGUUUCAGCACAUCUCCUGUGCCUACAAAAUUGGUCCAAUUAAGACUAUCAUCCAACCAAUUAGUUCUUCAAUGCUUCAGUGAAAUUUGCAGGCACUGGGUGUCCAUUUUAAUAUGGCAGGGUUAUCUUUAACUUCUUCCUUUGAGUUGUUUCCUGGAUCACAAUCUGAGGAGGCCAGGCUUUAAAGUCUGUACUAAUGUGUCACCAGCGUCGCAAAUAAACAGUAGUGCUGUUUCAGAAAUUUCUGUGAUACAGUACUGAGUCUUUAGUCUCCAUUAGAUGAGACUCUUUCUUUGAAGACGUAUUUAGAAGACACCCAUCUUAAAUGUUACAUGUUAAAAGCACAAGGAUAUAGGGCCCCUGAAGAUACACUGAAUGUGCUGAGGUACUUUAAAAAUAGGAAUGGGAGAAGUUAAAACAUUGGAUUGGUAGGGAUUCAAAUAAAGUUUUUUAUACACUACAAAAUGCUUUAGUGGUUUUUAGCUUAUUUUUAUUUGCUUCCGUAAAAUAUUUUUUAAC